AUGGCCAAGAAAGACGCCGCCAUCAAAAAGGCUGCCGCUGCAGCACAAGCAGCAGUCAAUUCCAAAGCUGCUACAUCUACCAAAGAUGCAGAAACUCCAAAAAAAACCACCAAAUCAAGGAGCCCGCUCACACUGACCAUCAACGAGGUUGUGGCUGCCGUCAAUUCCACCUAUGACGACUAUAUCAAGACAUUGACGCCUCGGUUGAAGUUGAUUGACACGUUUUUGGUGUUUUUGGUUGCGUUGGGCGUGUUGCAGUUUGUUUACGUGUUGUUGAUUGGAAACUUUCCUUUCAAUGCAUUCUUGGGUGGCUUCAUCUCAUGUGUGGGUCAGUUCGUGUUGACGGUGAGUUUGAGAUUGCAAUAUGGUGCUAUUGAGACUAAAAAGGAGUCCGAUUCCGACAAGCUUCAGGUCUCGCCAGAGAGGGCUUUUGGAGAUUACAUAUUUGCCAGUUUGGUGUUGCACUUUAUAGUGUAUCACUUUAUUAAUUAA